AUGCUGCCGAUUCCUGCCGUAUCUGGGAUCAGCCAUCUGAUGAUGACUCCACGGCAAAAGGCACGUACAACGAUACCGAUGAAGCAGGCACGGUCUGUUCUUCCAACUCCAAACAUAAUUCCUCAAAUAUCAAUGCAAAAACCUCAAAUUUCACCGAUGUUACAGCAAACAGAACCUCAAAAAGCACAACAGCAGGAAAUAGACCCUGCAAUGUUUAAGAAAAGAUUCCCAAGACCAGUAACACCAGCACGAGAAAUCGAUUUACCGGAACCAGGUUUAUUCAGCGAUGCUGUGAGCGGGUCGUACGGGAUUCGAUGCGUAUGUGGCAGACAAGUAGAUAACGGAUUCAUGAUCCAAUGCGAAAACUGCAAUUACUGGCUGCAUGGAUUGUGCAUGAACAUAGCAAGGAGCGUUCCUAACGAGAAGUUCCUAUGCCCGUUCUGCAAGAACAAGCCAAUAAGAUGCAGAUGCGGUAAUUCUAAGAAAUACGAUGAGCCAAUCAUCCAAUGCGUGAAAUGCAAGUAUUGGGUACAUAAAUCAUGCGCUGAUCUGGGGUACGGAAGGAACCCGCCGCAUUUUAUAUGCUCGUUCUGCGGUGGUGGACAGCUUUCUGUGCCUUAUUAUCGAUUACCUGAAAAUCAGUUUCGAGAUUUUACGGUUUUGAUACAGGCAAACUACGCGGAAAUGGUAGCGAAAAUUCCUAAGGGUAAAUUCCGUAACUUUAUUUUGGCAGAUUUAAAUAAAGGAGAAUUGCAUUUCAAUGAGACAAUUGCGCGCUACUUUAAUGCAUUUGCAUCAUCCCUGUUCGAAGAAGAUGAAGCUUUUUGGAGUCUGUUGACGUCAACUUUAACAGAUAUCCUUCGUAUUGAAAAAAAAGUUCUUUUCAAGGCGAUUGAUAAUCUUGCUAUGCAGCUCCUGUACGAGAAGGUUCCAGAAGCCCGCCCUUCUUUGUUCGUAGCCUUUAAUACCUUCAAAACAAGCGAAAGAGCUCAAAUGUUGUUGGAUAAGAUGUCGAUUCCUAAAUACGAUCAGCCAUUGCACCCCGUUCAGCUUCUUUUCGCAAAUGGCCGUAUUACACCAGCAACUCCUUUAGCAGAUGGUCAAUUUAUAUGUGAAGUUCCCGGUUUUUUGUGUCACUUUUUUGAAGCGAAUUCAGAAAACGGAAUCAAAGCAACAUACGUGAGUGUUCCCGAUAGUGACUUUGUGAUAGAUACAGAUCGUACGAGCUUUUCUAUUAGCCAACAUAUCAGAAGAUCUUUUCAUUACAAUUGUCACCCGAAAUUAGUCAAAGUUAAAGGAACUGUCCGCGCUUUACUAUUUGCGCAUCACGUACAAGGUCCAAUGGCACAUGAAAAGUCAAGAAAAUACGGAGCUCUCGUUAAAGAUGAAGAAUUAUUGCUUCCAUUCGAUAGCGACCUUCCUUGGCCGACUCCUUCCGAUGAAUGGGCCGAUAGACAACCAGAUAAGGACACAAAGAGAAACACAAGAAGAAGAAAAGACGCAAAAGUGGAUUUAUCCAAGAAUACUUUACUUUCUGUCUUCUACAGCAGCCGGGAUAUCGAAAUACCUCUCAAAGUAAUAUCUGAGAAGGAUAUGAAAGAGAAAAAGGAAGAAGAUUUGAUUAAAACUUCUUCAAGAAUUUUAACAAGAAGACAAGUUCAUAUGCAUGAUAUGGAGGAAAAAUGA